UUUUUCCUCAUUUCCACACUUUCAAAUCUCUUACUUUCUCUCUCUACCUUCUUGAAAAAACUUAUAUUCCUUUGUCUAUACAAAAACAAUUAAAAAAAGAAGAAGAGUUUUUGGAGCUUAUUUAUCAAACCCUUAUUGAUCAUUGAGGAUAUAAAAGAAAGAAAACCCCCUUAUAAAGAAUUGAAUAUUUGAAAACGAAAUCUUGAUGGCUCCAAGUGGAGGAGGAGUGAAUAAAAACAAUGGAGGAUGUACGAGACAAGUACUAAAAAAAGGUCCAUGGACAACAACUGAAGACGCGAUUUUGAUGGAGUAUGUGAAGAAACACGGAGAAGGGAAUUGGAACGCGGUUCAAAGGAAUUCAGGGUUAAUGAGAUGUGGAAAGAGUUGUAGGUUAAGAUGGGCAAAUCAUUUGAGGCCUCAUCUAAAAAAAGGUGCAUUUUCUUUAGAGGAAGAAAGGCUUAUUGUGGAACUUCAUGCAAAACUUGGAAACAAAUGGGCUCGUAUGGCUGCUCAGCUUCCAGGUAGAACGGAUAAUGAAAUCAAGAAUUAUUGGAAUACGAGGCUAAAGAGAAGACAAAGAGCCGGAUUACCAAUAUACCCUCAAGACAUACAACCACAAAAUUACCAACAAGACCAAAAUCAACAACAUAGUACUAAUAUCCCUUCACCAUUUGAUAAUCAUCAAAACUCCAAUUACAACAAUAAUUCCCCUCUUUCCCUUUUAGAUAUCUUCAAUCCUUCAACAAUGAAACCUAGUAGAAACAUCAUUCCACAUCAAUACCAAUUCAAUAAUAACCCUAGUUCUCCAUUUCUCACAAACACAAAUAACAUCAACAACCAAGUCAAGUUUUUUCGCGACCCUCGUGUUAGUCUGUCUCUAACAUUAGCAUCAUCGAUGAAGAAUUCACAACUUUCUUCGAUGGUAGCACCCGUACCUAAUAAUUUUAGUCAACGUUAUUCUAGUUCUAUGCCGGUUCCACCACUUCAACAUACCUAUCCAAAUUUUACCACAACUACUAGACCUUAUACCGCGAUUUCCUCAAACCCUAAUGGUUUGAUCUUAGGUAUGGGCAUAGAGCAUCGUUCAAUCCAAUCGUCUGUGCCUAGGACUACUAGUACAUCAAGUGAUCAUGCUGAUAAUAAUUACGCGAUUAAUCAUGGAUUAUCGCGAGGAAAUAGUGGAUUAUUAGAAGAUUUAUUGGAGGAAUCUCAUACUUUAACAAGAGGUGAAAAAAUUGAGGAAAAUUGUCCAAUUGAAAGCGAAGAUAAUAAUAAAGGGAAAUUAGUUUGGGAAGAAUAUGGAUUAACAGAAGAAGCAGCAGAUGCAAUUUUAACGGAAGAAUCAACAUAUAAUUUUUCUCAUAAACAUUCUGAAGAUUCAAGCUCUCCCAAUUCAUCCUCAGGGAUAACAACAAAGGAAGCUUCAUUGGAGAAUAUAGGUAAUCAAGUAGAUGAUGAUAUUAUGAGAUUUCUUGAUAAUUUUCCACUUGGUGUACCUGUUCCUGACUGGUGUGAUGAUCAACAAAAUACAUCAAAUGGUCAAUCUUUUGAAUGUGACCAAAUUCAAUUGUCCUCAAAAUCAAGUUCAUGAAGAUUCGGAAUUGCAGAUUCAGAAUUUGAAGUUUAUCGGUUUCUCAUACGAACAAUUUUAAGUUGAAAUAUAAUAAUCAGUCAAAUAGUUAUAGAUGUUUAGAAAAAUUUCUUAAUAUAUAGACAAGAUCUCUGUACAGGGUGCACGUGAACCCGUUAGUUACAAGCUAGAUCCGUCUCUUUUUAAGGAUUAUCAAGAAUAGGAAAUCAUGUCCUUGUUUUAGUUAAUUAAAAGUAGUCAAGACAUUUAUUUAUAUUCCUAUUCAUAAAUUUACAAUUAAGUAAA